CUCAUCCCGGCUUUAUUUAUGGCCAACCCCUUCUGCUUCGAUUCGACCCCCUUUGCGCUCCACGAUCUCAGCGGCGAGAGAGAGGCAUCGAAGAGGCUCUCCCUUCCUUCGCAAGUCGUGCCGCUUCCCUAAGCUUCCAUGAUGAGGUUUCUUGAAUGAUAUUGUGAAUUCCGAAGGUGGUUGGGGUUGAGACCUUAGAUCUGAUACGCCGUAAGGAUAAAGAGGAGGGGAGGGUGACCACAGCGCGAUGGGGCCAACUUCGAACCCAGAAAGGUCUUCCUCUUUGUGUUUCUUGACUUUCUCGAUCGUGCUUUUGUUGUGUGGUUCGGGGAAUGCGUUUUAUCUCCCUGGUAGCUAUAUGCACACCUACUCGGAAGGCGAGAACAUAUGGGUCAAAGUAAAUUCGCUCACCUCAAUCGAGACCGAGCUCCCGUUUGGCUACUACACCCUGCCGUAUUGCCAGCCACAGAGUGGGAUCAAGAAGAGCGCGGAGAAUCUGGGGGAGCUUCUCAUGGGCGACCAGAUCGAUAACUCUCCAUAUCGCUUCCGUGUCAAUGUGAACGAGUCCCUCUACCUGUGCACCACAAAACCGUUGAACGAGCAUGAGGUUAAGCUCUUGAAGCAGAGGACCCAUGAUCUCUAUCAGGUGAACAUGAUUCUGGACAAUCUUCCUGUGAGGAGAUUCACCGAGCCGAAUGGAGUCGUCAUUCAGUGGACUGGGUUUCCAGUUGGCUAUAUCCCAUCUGGAAGCUCUGAAGCAUACAUCAUCAAUCACUUGAAGUUUAAGGUGUUGGUUCACGAAUAUGAAGGCCGUGGCAUGCAAAUCAUGACUACAGGGGAAGAAGGGAUGGGAAUGAUCGCGGAGACAGAUGCUAAGAACUCCGGAUAUGAGAUUGUUGGGUUUGAAGUGAUUCCCUGCAGUGUGAAGCGUGAUCCAGAGGCGAUGCUGAAACUUAACAUUUAUGAUAAAGUUGAUUCUGUGAACUGCCCAUUGGAGCUCGAGAAGUCCCAAACGAUUCGGGAGCAAGAGAAGAUCUCUUUUACCUAUGAGGUUGUCUUUGUUAAAAGUGACAUUAGAUGGCCGUCCCGGUGGGAUGCCUAUCUGACAAUGGGGGGUGCAAGAGUUCAUUGGUUCUCGAUCAUGAACUCAUUGAUGGUUAUCUUCUUUUUGGCUGGAAUUGUCUUUGUUAUUUUCUUGAGAACAGUUCGGAGGGACUUAACGAGAUACGAAGAGCUGGACAAGGAAUCACAAGCCCAGAUGAAUGAAGAGCUAUCUGGCUGGAAACUCGUCGUGGGUGAUGUGUUCAGAGAGCCAACCUGCUCAAAGCUGCUUUGCGUCAUGGUUGGAGAUGGCAUACAGAUUACGGGCAUGGCAGUUGUGACAAUUGUCUUUGCUGCUCUUGGAUUCAUGUCUCCUGCUUCCCGAGGCAUGCUAUUGACGGGGAUGAUAAUUCUCUAUCUUUUCCUUGGAAUCGUGGCUGGAUAUGUUGGUGUUAUUUUAUGGAGGACCAUAAAAGGGGGGUCUGACGGCUGGAGGUCAGUCUGCUGGUCGACUGCUUGUUUCUUCCCGGGGAUCGUCUUUAUCGUUCUCACAAUAUUAAACUUCAUACUAUGGGGAAGCAAGAGCACCGGAGCUAUCCCUAUCUCGCUCUUCUUCACUCUGCUUUCCUUGUGGUUCUGCAUCUCAGUGCCGCUGACUCUGAUAGGCGGAUUCAUAGGCACCCGAGCAGAGGAAAUACGGUUUCCCGUCAGGACCAACCAAAUCCCAAGAGAAAUUCCUGCUCGGAAAUAUCCGUCAUGGUUUCUUGUCCUUGGCGCAGGGACCCUACCCUUUGGGACCCUCUUCAUCGAACUCUUCUUCAUCCUUUCUAGCAUUUGGCUUGGGAGGUUCUACUAUGUGUUUGGAUUCCUUCUCGUCGUCUUCCUGCUGCUGGUGAUCGUCUGUGCUGAAGUAUCUGUCGUCCUGACUUAUAUGCACCUCUGCGUGGAGGACUGGAGGUGGUGGUGGAAGGCUUUCUUCGCCUCUGGUUCUGUUGCGCUCUAUGUGUUCCUCUACUCUAUCAACUACUUGGUGUUUGACCUAAGGAGCUUGAGUGGGCCGGUGUCAGCCAUCCUUUACCUGGGUUAUUCACUGAUCAUGGCUACUGCAAUCAUGUUAUCCACCGGCACCAUCGGCUUUCUGAUGUCAUUCUAUUUUGUCCACUAUCUUUUCUCCUCCGUCAAGAUCGAUUAAGACUCUGCUUCUUUGGGCUGCCAGGACCAGCUACUCCUUUGAAGACCGUCUUCAAAACUGUUGUGUGAACAUGAAAGGGCCUUCAUGUUCUUUGCGCGCACUCAUGUUGAGUUGCUUUUGAGGGGGGAAUGUUAUUGUAGUCGCCUAUCUUACAAUGAUACAUCCUAAGGAACCGAACAUUUUAAAUGCUUCUGUUUCAAUAGUUUCUUUUAUCGUUUA